AUGGAAGUUCAUACGACUAUUCUAGGUAUCCUACAGCAGACUAGAAUUGCAAAAAUUGAAAAAGUGAAGAUCGGUGGAGAUUUUAUAUAUUUAUACUCAAUUUGGGAGUCAGUAACAGAUGAUCAGAAGAUGAGUGAACUGGUUUGUAGAAAGUUACAGCAAGAGACUCUGCUGGCUUUAUUUGGUGAGAGAGAGGCAGUAACCAUACCAAGCAUCUUUAUUUAUGGACACACUGGGACAGGGAAAUCUUACACUGUGAAAAAUAUCUUAGAAAAUCUACAAGCUCCUCAUGUGAUUAUUGAUUGCGUUGAGUGUUUCACAACGAAGCUCUUGUUUGAAAGGAUUCUUGGGGGUCUCUCUCGUAAGGUCCCAUCACCAGAGAAUGACUACACGUGUCAGAUAAGGUGUGAAAAUAUGAACGAUUUCGCCAGGUUGUUAAAGCAGGUCAUAACUGACAUAGGAUGUGAAUCUGAAACUGUCUACAUUAUUUUGGAUAAGGCUGAGCGACUACGUGAAAUGGAUGCCAACAUCCUUCCAGCAUUUCUACGACUGCAGGAACUGACUGGGUGUAAUAUAUGUGUGCUCCUACUGAGUGAAAUUGUCUGGGAGAAGUUCAGAUUUGGAACUGGAUACCUAGAACCCUAUAUCUUGCAUUUUCCAGAUUAUACAAAAGACCAGAUUCUAAAGAUCCUACAGCUGGAUGUCCCUAGCAACUACAGUGAAGAUUUCUAUGGCAACUACCUCAGUUUAUCUCUUAGUGUCUUUUACACAGCAUGCAGGGACCUCACUGAACUAAGACAUCUAGCAAAAUUGAAUUUUAAGAAAUACAUUGAGCCAAUAGAGAGUGGGGAGGCAACAGUUGAAGACACACGUAAACUUUGGCGGAACAUCGAGCCACAUCUAAAGAGGGCACUUCAAACAGUUUAUUUACGAGAAAUAUCAAGUUCCCAGUGGGAGCGAAUGCAGGAGAAACAUGCUGACAAUGGUGAUAAAUCUUCCUUGACAUCAUCAGGCAAUAUAUCAGCCAUGGUGUCUCGCAGUAAUAUGGAGUUGCCAUUUUAUUCCAAAUACCUCCUAAUAGCAGCCUAUAUAGCAUCAUACAAUCCUGCCAAGUCAGACAGAAGAUUCUUCUCAAAGAAUUGUGGAAGAUUGUCAUCAAGAAUGAAGAAGAAUGCAAAGAAAACAGAGAGGACAAGCAGUCAGCUACUUGGCCCCAAGCCAUUCCCGCUAGACAGACUAAUGGCAAUAUUCUACUCAAUCAUGGAGGGGCGAAUAACACCUUCUGCUCAUAUAUUUUCACAGAUCUCAUCGCUUGUGACACUCCAGCUGUUAGGACAUAUACAAGGAGGUGACCUCUUAGACAGCCCUAAAUACAAGUGCCUUGUGUCAUUUGAUGGUAUCAAGUCUAUAGCUAGAACUGUUGGAUUUGAUAUAGUGAGGUAUCUCUUUGACUUUAUAUGAUAGCAAUGAUUAUUCCAACAAUAAACCUGCCAAGAAAUCUCGUCAGACAAUAAUAGGGGAAAUGGAAUCAACAGAUGUGUUCAAUAUGUUAUGGAAAAUUGCUGGAUAUGCGAUAGAAUAUGAACUAAUCAUACGACUUGGAUAUGGAAAAUAAACAGAUCAUACUAUGUGAUGGAAAAUAUGCUUGUCAGCUACAGUGAUAAUGUAAUGGAAGCUGGACAAUAAUUGACAGUAUUAUUACAUUUUCCUUCAAGUGCCAUGAAACUGUAAGUAUGGAGAGACAUAGGAAUGUGAAGCUCAACUGUUCUUCUACUUUUACUUUGAGCUGUUAAUUUGUCUAAUAAAAUAAGUGACAGGUGUGUAUUUGCACAAAAA